UUGUAAACAUGAACUUCUGAUAAAUCUGUGUAUGUAUUCUUAUGUGUUAUAUCAUAUCUGACAAGAAAAUUUGAAGACAUGCGCGAUCAGAAAGAUAAGGUGUGUUGUCUACGUGUCGUUUGUACAAUCUUCGUGGAAUUUUUAAUUAUCGCGGCGUCCCGUAUAUUUAGUAAGCCUCCGAUCUCGCCGAACAGUACGUUUGAUGCACAAUGAUAACUCGGAUGAUUGGUGUAGCUUCAUUGUGCAUCUAGGCAUCUGCCGAUACUGCGCUCGAAGACCGUUGAUCUUCAACUUGCCAAUUUGAAAGUUAUGCCACGGAACAAUAUUCAACGAACGUUUCGUCUCCAUAAGCACCGCAGAAUUAAGAAGAUUCUCUCGAUUAAAUAAUAAAUAAUUUUAAAAAACGGAGCGCACUUAAAAUUCAAAUAGUUGAUCGAAGGAAAGAUAAGGUAUGUCAUUAAUUUGGUAGAGAAAGUAGAUCAAUUAAUACUAAGUCUUUACAUACACCGAAGAAUUAAAAAGAUAAUUCAUUCAAUUAAAUGAUAGUAAAUUUAAAGAAAGGAAACAUAUUUAUAAUUCAAAUAGCUGAUCAAAGGAAGGAUCAAUUAACGUUUCUACUACAUAGGUACAUAAAAUCUGUUCCAAUACCAAACGAAUUUUCACAAGAUUUGUAUAGUACAAUUCUGUACAAAUGGGCGUUCUACGUCAACUAUUGUUUGGUAAAUAUCUGUUAGUUACCAACACUGUGAGCUGUGGCUUGAUGAUGGCAGCGGGAGAUGUGAUCCAGCAGCGCAGCGAACAUUGGAAGAAGCAUUGUUCUCAUAAAUACUUUCCGAGCAGCGUUAUGGCAGCGUCACCAGAAGAUGAAAAGGUGACGAUUUCCAGCACGUACGGACAUGAUUACAUGAGAACCAGGAAUAUGAUGAUUGUAGGACUGCUUCAAGGUCCGUUUCAUCAUUGGUUCUAUAUGCUUCUAGACAAGAUUUUGCCAGGCAGGAAUGCAAAAUCGGUCCUCAAAAAAACCUUUCUAGACCAAUCGAUCGCGAGUCCCACGUGCCUAACGAUAUUUUUUGUCGGCCUCGGGAUUCUGGAGAAUCGCAAAAUCGAGGAGAUCAGCAAAGAGCUAAAGCUAAAGUUCGGCGAAACGUGGAAAGUCGACUGUUGCUUUUGGCCUCCUACGCAAUGCAUUAAUUUCUUCUUUGUGCCUCUGCAUUAUCGGGUACUCUAUAUAAAUGCUAUGACGAUGGUCUAUGACAUUUUUCUAUCAUAUAUGAAAUAUGACGUUCACUACGAAUGAUAAAAAUCUCAUGGCUAAUUCUUCGCAAACUAACUAAGCUAGUCUGGGAUAGUCUGAACGAAAGAUAUGAUUGUGCAAAUAAUAAUUAGGAAGCAUGCAUUAUAUUGUCUAUCUUUAAUAAACUGUAUCGCAAUGUUCAAUAAAAUAU